UGGUAGUAUUUUGAAAAUUUAAAAUUUAUAGAUUUGAACUUUAGUAACACAAAAAAUUUAUAUUUAUAUUUAAAUACUUUGAUGAAUAUGAAACCAGCAUCAGAACGUAAUGUAGAAAUAAAAGCUAAAAUUGGUUCUGAUGAAGAAUUUCAAAAACGCAUUGAUAUUGCAAAAAAUUUAACAUCUAGCAUUGGUGAACUAAUUAUACAAAGAGAUGUUUUUUUCAAAAGUCAAUCUGGAAGAUUAAAAUUAAGGUAUCUUCAACCACCAUCUAAAUCACAAUUACUUUACUAUGAUCGUCCUGAUUUAGAAGGACCAAAACUUUCGCAAUAUGAUAAAAUUGAGGUAGAUGAACCAGAAAAACUUGAAAAAAUACUUGCAACAACAAACGGAAUUAUUGGGAUUGUAAAAAAAGAACGUUUGUUAUUCAUGCACCAAACGACAAGAAUUCAUCUAGACAAAGUUGAAGGUCUAGGAAAUUAUUUAGAAUUUGAGGUUGGGCUAAGUGUUGAACAAACUGUUGAAGAAGGUCAAAAAAUUGCAAAAGAAAUGAUGGAAACAUUCCAAAUUAAUGAAAAGGACCUUAUUGUAGGUGCUUAUUUAGACAAAUUGAAUAAAUAGUUCCUUUUUCUUUUUACACAUAUGAAUAUGUAUGUAUAUAUUCUUUUUUAUUGUGUAUGAUUGUAAAUAUAGAAAUUUUCCUCAUGAUUUUUCA